GGCGUCAACAAUGUAUUUGAUGCAAUUUAUUUGCCAGUAAAUUGUGUGCUGUCACUGAAUCUCCAGGAACUCAAAGCACACCUGACAAGAUGGCAGGAGGAAUUUUCACCAGUUUGGAUAAUCUGUGUAAUGUGGAUGGUACAAAUGUCCACCCCCUGGUGUGUCACCUGUGUGACGAGCAGUACAAGUCCCCAUGUCUGCUGGAUUGCUAUCACAUCUUCUGUGCCCACUGCCUGCGAGGCCGGACCAGUGACGGCCGUCUCAGCUGCCCCCUCUGUGGAUAUUUAUCCACGGUAAAAGGGAAUAAUGGACUCCCACCAGAGGAUCGUCUGCUGAAGUUCCUAGUUGACAACAAUGCAGACGCUGAGGAGACAGUUCAGUGUGCCAACUGUGACCAGGAAAGUAAUAAAACGGACACAGUGGUGAUGUACUACUGUAACACCUGCAGCCAGCCACUGUGUGGCGCCUGCAGGGAGCUGACUCACAAAGCCAGAAUGUUUUCCCAUCAUGAGAUUGUUUCCCUGGCCAAGAGAACCAAAGCUAAACACAGGAAGUGCUCUCUCCAUGAGGAGCCCUACAUCCUGUUCUCAACUGAAAAUAAGUCUAUGCUUUGCAUCAAGUGCUUCAGAGACAUGCAAUUGGAGAGUCGGACUCACUGCAUUGAUAUUGAAACAGCUUACAUGCAGGGUUGUGAGAUGCUGGACCAGGCAGUGCUGGUGGUGAAGGAGCUGCAGACCUCAGCUCGAGAAGCAAUUGUCCUGCUGAGAGCGAUGAUAGGCGAAGUGUGUCUGAAUGUGGAGGAAGAAGAGAGUGCAAUCUGCAGCCUGUUCAACAGCCUGCAGGAAAAACUAGCAGAGAGGAAGAAGAUUCUGCUCAAAGCAGCUCAGAGUCAACAUGAGGAGAAGGAGAAAGCACUAAAGGAACAGCUGUCACACCUGACGGCCCUCCUACCAACCCUCCAGGUUCACCUCGUCACCUGUUCGGCCUUCCUCAACUCAGCCAACAAGUUUGAGUUUUUGGACAUGGGCUAUCAACUCAUGGAGAGGCUGAAGAGGAUUGUAAAGCUCCCUCAUCGACUGAGACCGGUGCAGAGCAGCAAAAUCAACACAGACUACAGAAACGAGUUCGCCCGCUCUCUGGAGCCCUUGCUGCUGCUGGGACAGCGCUGCCCCCCCUCUGUUGCUGGAUCUACAUGUGUUGCAACAAGGCUCCAGUCCCCUCUCUCCAUGACCUGCCGCUCCCCAUCUCUCAGUGACAUGCCACUGGGCUCUGUGCUGGGGCGAAGACCCACUGCUCACCGCAACAUCUGCACCAAGGUCCUCCUGGCCGAGGGGAGGGAAACACCCUUCACCGAGCACUGCCGCAACUAUGAGAACACCUACAGGACUCUUCAGACAGAGUUUCAGAAUCUGAAGGACCAGAUUCAGGAGCUGCACCGAGACCUGACCAAGCACCACUCCAUCAUCAAUACAGAUAAAAUGGGAGAGAUCCUGGACAGAUCGCUGCACAUUGACAGCCAGAUAGCAGCCCAGUACUCCACUGUGGAAACUAUGAGAGUCAUGUUUGAAGAGAUCUGGGACGAGACUUUCCAGAGGGUCACGAAUGAACAGGAGAUCUAUGAAGCCCAGCUUCAUGACCUGAUGCAGCUGAAACAGGAGAACUCCUACCUAACCACUAUCGCCAGACAGAUCAGCCCUUACAUCCUGUCCAUUGCCAAAGUCAAAGAGAGACUCGAGCCCAGGUUUCAGGAGCCUAAAGAGCACCACGAUGACCGCAAAGAAACAAUGCUGAAAAUCUAUGAUGACAGCACAAUAGCAAAGGAAGGUCAAGACAGUGACAGCCAGGGCAGCGUCACAGACGAGUCAGGGGAGAGCUCUGUCAAGAACAAUCGUCCAGGCAGGCAGAGGGGCCUCACAGACACGACCAGCCACAGUGAGAUGCCUUCAUAAACACCAUGUCCGCCUCUUCUCCCCCCUGCCCCUUUGCAGUCAUGGUUCCUAUUUCAACCAUAACAAGCCCAGGAUGGUACAGUAUGUACUCGGCUGUCCAGAUUCUAUACACAUCAUUUUUUCAUCAGCAGGGAGCUGUCAACAGCUCCGAGACGAGCCCUUGGAUUGACACUGACUGGAUGUAAACAUAGAGAUCAAUGACUCACAGCUGUCAGAGCCUGACACGGACAGCCUCCUUGUUCAAAAUGGACAAACAUAACAAUCCCAUGAAGAAUUCCUCUGGCGCUGUUUAGGAGCCAUGGACCUCUUUAACACAGCGACAGACUGUUGUUCUGUUUGUGCUUUGACUGUUAAAAUGAUAAAUAU